AGUUCGGAAGAUUUUUGAAGGAACUAGAAUAUAUCAAAGAAUUAGAAUGUCAGGUCGUGGAAAAGCUAAAGUUACUAAAGCAAAAGGCAAGACUCGCUCAAGUAGAGCAGGACUUCAGUUCCCGGUUGGAAGAAUUCAUCGUUUUCUUCGAAAAGGAAACUACAGCGAAAGAAUAGCUGCAGGAGCUCCAGUUUACAUGGCUGCCGUUUUGGAGUAUUUGAGUGCAGAAAUCUUGGAAUUGGCUGGCAAUGCUGCUAGAGACAACAAGAAAAGCAGAAUCAUUCCUAGGCAUUUGCAGUUGGCUAUCAGAAAUGACGAAGAAUUGAACAAAUUACUGCAAGGUGUAACGAUUGCUCAAGGAGGUGUCUUGCCUAACAUACAGUCAGUCUUGCUGCCGAAGAAGACGGGAUCAUCGAAGUCUGGCAAAAAGGAAACAAGCCAGAGUCAAGAGUUCUAGUAUGUACAUUAAAAGAAAUUAAAAAUACUCACAUUUCCACAGCUACUUUUUUCUGGAUAGAUUUAAUAUAAAUGUAUAGUUUUAAUAUAAUAUCAGUGUGAAGAGCUAAACUCGUGUGCUUUGAGCUAUUAAUUUAUUUUAUAAAUGUUUUCAUCGA